AUGUAUAGCACCACUCUGUUGUUCCAUCCUCACACACAGGCCCUCUCAUUCAGCUCUGGUAAAGACGUCCACGCAGAUUUCCAGUCUCUAAACGCUGACAUCAACUCGCCAUCUGCAUCAUACAUCCUGAAACUAGCUAACCGCCUGUAUGGAGAAAAUACUGCCAAUUUCCUCCCGAAAUUCCUUGCAGCUACACAAAAGUACUACAAGGCAGAUAUGAAAGCUGUAGAUUUUAUCGGAGCUGCAGAGGCGUGCAGAGCGGAGAUCAACGGCUGGGUCGAGCAGCAGACAGAAAACAAGAUUAAAGAUCUUCUGAAGUCAGGAACAGUCACGCCUAUGACAAGGUUGGCCCUGGUUAAUGCCAUCUACUUCAAGGGAAACUGGAUGAACCGCUUUGAUAAGGCAAACACCAAAGAGAUGCCCUUUAAACUCAACCAGAAUGAAUCUAAGCCGGUCCAGAUGAUGUACCAGAUGAAGAAGCUGCCCUACAACUUCAUUGAUGAGCAUGGCCUGCAGAUCCUGGAGCUGCCAUAUGUGGAUGAGGAGCUCAGCAUGUUCAUCCUGCUGCCUGAGGAAGCCGCUGACGGCUCUGACCCUCUGCUGAAGCUGGAGAAGGAGCUCACACAGGAGAAGCUGGACGAUUGGAUCAAGAGGGAAAACAUGGACGUCCACUCUGAAGUCCUCGUCCACCUGCCAAGGUUCAAGCUUGAGGAAGACUACGAGCUGAACGAGCCUCUUUCCAAACUGGGCAUGACGGACGUGUUCUGCUCUGCAAAGGCUGAUUUGUCUGGCAUGAACGGUGAAGGAGGACUCUUCCUGUCCACGGUGGCCCACAAAGCCUUCGUGGAGGUGAACGAAGAGGGGACGGAGGCGGCUGCAGCCACAGCGGGAAUGGUAUCAUUCUGUAUGUUGAGGGAGGAACACUUCACAGCAGACCACCCCUUCCUCUUUUUCAUCAGGCACAAUAAGACCAAGUCCAUCCUCUUCCUCGGCAGGCUCUCGUCUCCUCAGUAGACAGACACAGCCGAUGAUAAAUGUUUAACCAACUAAAAUAAAAAAAUCUUUGAAAGUU